UGGAAUGAUCAUCAUGUACUUGAAUUUGGCUCAGGAACACAUAGCUUUUUCACUUUCCAAAUUCAUUGUAGCAAACAUAGGCAUAGAUAGCUAAGUAUUGGUGCCAUGGGGGAAAUUCAGAAGGAGCACAUGGAUUAUGUGUUGGUGGCAUUGGGACUGUUGGUGUUCCUGAUAUACCAUGUCUGGCUUCUCUACACUAUACUCCGCAACCCUCUUCGAACUGUUAUUGGCCUAAAUGCCGAGUCUCGUCAUCAGUGGGUUCAUUCCAUGAUGAGUGAUCCCUUGAAGAAUGGGGUUUUGGCGGUUCAAACUAUUCGCAACAACAUCAUGGCAUCUACUCUUCUUGCUACAACUGCAAUCACACUCAGUUCACUUAUUGGUAUUUUUGCUAACAGUCCAUGGUUUUCUGAUGACAUGGCUUCCAUACCUUACAGUAGUUCUUCAAUCAAACGCAUUUCUAUCACCAUUUGCUUCCUUGUUGCAUUUCUAUGCAAUGUGCAGUCUAUAAGAUACUAUGCCCAUGUCAGCUUUUUAAUCACUGCACCUACACUAAGAGACAAAAGGGAGUAUAUGGAAUAUAUUGCUAAGACCUUGAAUCGUGGAAGUCAUUCUUGGUCCCUUGGAUUGCGAGCAUUUUACUUUUCAUUUCCACUCUUCCUAUGGAUUUAUGGGCCCAUACCCAUGUUUGCUUGUUGCUGCUUGACUUCAUUUAUUUUGUACUUCUUGGAUACAACAGCUAAAAUCACAAGGGAUCUUCACAGUGACUCAUUCAAGAAGGAGAGAAUAACUCAUGAUGUAGAAUCUGCAGUAGUGGAACCUGAUUAUUAUCCUUUAGCUGGUAGUAAUAAUUUGUCUCCAGACUCAGGCGUGAAUCGUGUAUAACUAAUUAUACAUGUAACAAUUUUGGUGAGCUUUUGUAUGUUUCUAUUGAAAAAGUAUGAACAUGAGCCUUGGGAAGGAUUCAUUUAGAGUACUAGGUAGUAUUUUUUUGUUUCUUGUAUAA